AUGGAUCAGAUGCGGAAUUUAUUCCGCAAAACUGUGUAUCGUUUGAAGCAAUUGCUGCGCAUAAAGGGUCCACGGUUCCCUGUCAUUUGGGGACCACCGAAAGUGAUAUCAUUACCAUCAGCAAAUUUUAAAAAAAAAUUAAACGCUGAAGAACUUUCAAAUUUAAACGCUAUUAUUGCUGAAGUUAAGCUGUUUUCGAGAUGUUAUCGAUGGUUUCCCGACAAGGUGGAUGACAGCUUUUGGAAACGCCUUUUAGAAUGUCAGAAUCUAAAGCAACGAUUACAUCAGCUACGCUUUUGGCAUGUUAAAGAAAAACUUCGGAAAAAAGAAUUUUUAAAGGAUGAGAAACGAAAAAGGGACGCAGUAGAGAGAAGACAGCUGGGGGAGGGUGCAAUACACCGCAUGAUUAAAAGAGAGUGGAAACUCCGUUACUGGCGCUCACUUAAUUUAGAAAAGCUUCCAGCUUUAGCAGUUGAUUGCCAAUUUCUGAAACUUCAUUCACCUCGUGCACGGUCACUUGCUUUCAUUCAACUAAGGGAGAUGAUUGCUGAAAACAAAAGUCGGCACCGACCAUGGCCGUUAUACUUUUGCAACGAAAACCUUAAUGACCCUAUUCUUUUGGAACAUCGUCAGAAGCAGUUACACUUGUUAGAUUCGGACGGGUUGAUUCCAGUGGAACUGGUUCCAGAUGAUUUCAGACAGUUCCUCUCGAACUUUAAUGCUAUCUACUUAAGCCCUCAUGCGGAAGAGGAAUUACUCGAGGUUCUUUCAUUUGAACCUUCCCAUCAAACCUACGUUUUUCCGGUUUCUGGAACUGAACUUUUCGUCCUCGGUGGCAUCGUUGACCGUGUGAAAGAAGUCAAUAUUCAUCCGCACGCGUCUUUGAUAGCGGCCAAAGAGCUUGGAAUUAUGGUUAAGAAGUUGCCACUCGACCGCUACAUGAAGCAAGUUUACUUUAAUAUUGACUCUCUAAAAAAUCAGCCAUCAGCUGAUAAUGGAAGUCAGGGACCAAGUCGAUGA